AUGACCGAGGUGAAAGCCAAGGAGCCCAGAGCGCCUCCGCCCGCCACAGACGGGGCGGUCCUGCUGCAGGGUCAGCCUGGCCGUGAUCCCUUCCGCGAGGAAGCGGAGUCCGUCGACAUCUCCCUGGACGGACUGCUUUACCCCAAGAGCAGCGACGAGGAGGAGGACGAAGAGGAGGAGGAGGAAGGGGAGGAGGAGGAGGAAGAGGCGCAGCAGCAGCAGCAUCUGGGGCGGGAAGACGGCCGGGACUCCCUCUGCUACCAGCCAGGGAGCGGCUCCCUCUCGGUCAAGGACUCCCUGGACACCGUCCUGGACACCUUCCUGGCGCCUGCGGCUCAUGCCAGCUCCACCGUGGCCGCGGCGCCCUGGUCCUUCUUCGAGGCGGAGGAGGCGCCCGACGGCGCGAUGAGCAGCGGCGCCUCGCAGAAGGCGGCCGAAGCCGCCCCGGGGGCGCCGGGCCCCUCGCAGCUCCCGCCGCGGCCCGCCGCGCUCUGGCCGCCCGGCGACGCCCUGGUUCCCGCCGCUAAGCCGCGGCCGGCGGGGCCGGGCUCCGGCGCGGAGUGUCCCGCUGCGGCGCCCAAGGGCGACGUUCCCGGUGUCGGGGCGCUGCCCGGCGGGUCCCGGGCGGGGGACCCGGGCCAGGAAUACCUGCACGUGCCGCUGCUGCCGCUCAACUCGGCCUUCCUGGCGUCGCGCACGCGGCAGCUGCUGGACGGGGCGGAGUACGAGGGCGGCGCGGUGCCGCGCUGCUCGCCCCCCGCCCCGGAGCUGCCGGCCUACGGCUUCCCGCCGCCCGACGCCAAGGACGGGCCCUUCGCCUACGGCGACGUCCAGCCCGUCAUGAAGAUCAAGGAGGAGGGUCUCGGCCUCGCCGCCCGCUACCCGGGCGGCAGGACCACCCCCGCGGCGGGCUGCCACGACUACCCGCAGGCUCCGCGGGCCGGGCAGGAGCCCACGCUGGAGUGCGUCCUCUACAAGGCGGAGCCCACCCUGCUGGCCGGCGCCUACGGGCCCGCGGCGCCGCCCGACAGCCUGCCCUCCACCUCGGCCGCGCCGCCGGGGCUCUACCCGGCCCUGGGGCUGAACGGGCACCAGCCGCUGGGCUUCCCGGCCGCCGUGCUCAAGGAGGGCCUGCCCCAGCUCUGCCCGCCCUACCUCGGCUACGCGCGGCCAGAUAUGGAAACCAGCCAAAGUUCUCAGUUCAGUUUCGAAUCACUACCCCAGAAGAUUUGUCUCAUCUGCGGUGAUGAGGCUUCAGGUUGCCACUAUGGAGUACUUACCUGUGGAAGUUGUAAAGUCUUCUUUAAAAGGGCAAUGGAAGGGCAGCACAACUAUUUGUGUGCUGGAAGAAAUGACUGCAUAGUCGAUAAAAUCCGUAGGAAGAACUGCCCAGCAUGUCGCUUGAGGAAGUGCUGUCAGGCUGGUAUGGUCCUGGGAGGUCGAAAAUUGAAAAAGUUUAACAAAAUUAAGGUUGUGAGAACAUUAGAUGUUGCACUCCAGCAGCCAGCAGCCCUUCAAGAUGAAAGCCAGGCUCUAACCCAAAGGCUGUCCUUUUCUCCAAAUCAAGAAAUACAGUUUGUUCCCCCAAUGAUAAGCGUUUUACGAGGCAUUGAGCCAGAAGUUGUCUAUGCUGGUUAUGACAAUACAAAACCCGAAACACCAAGUUCCUUGCUGACCAGUCUGAAUCAUCUUUGUGAGAGGCAACUUCUUUGUGUAGUCAAGUGGUCUAAAUUACUACCAGGUUUUCGGAAUUUGCAUAUCGACGAUCAGAUAACCCUUAUCCAGUAUUCCUGGAUGAGCCUAAUGGUGUUUGCCAUGGGAUGGAGAUCAUACAAGCACGUCAGUGGUCAGAUGUUGUAUUUUGCACCAGAUCUGAUUCUAAAUGAACAGAGGAUGAAAGAAUCAUCGUUCUAUUCCCUGUGUCUAUCCAUGUGGCAACUCCCACAGGAAUUUGUCAGACUUCAAGUAAGCCAAGAAGAGUUCCUGUGUAUGAAAGCACUGUUACUUCUCAACACAAUUCCUUUGGAAGGUCUAAGAAGUCAAAGCCAAUUUGAUGAGAUGAGAACAAGCUACAUCAGAGAACUGGUGAAGGCAAUUGGUUUGCGCCAGAAGGGCGUUGUGGCCAACUCACAGCGUUUCUAUCAGCUUACAAAACUGAUGGAUUCCAUGCAUGAUCUGGUGAAACAGCUCCAUCUCUUCUGUUUGAACACAUUUCUCCAGUCCCGAGCACUGAGCGUUGAAUUCCCUGAGAUGAUGUCAGAAGUGAUUGCUGCACAGCUACCCAAGAUUCUAGCAGGGAUGGUGAAACCUCUUCUCUUUCAUAAGAAGUGAAAUGUCUUUUCUCUUAUCACAGAGAUGAUACCUGGGUCAUUUUAUGUUUGUUUAUUUUGGUCAAGAUUUUGCAAUGUCAGGACUUCAGCAUAUUUGACAUACUUACCCUGCCGACUGCUUUAUACCUGUAACAUACACAAGCCAUUCAAGCUUGAUGUACAUAUUGUGAGUUCCUGAUUCCUUAACUGCAAAAAUCACAACAGUCAUAAGAAAUGUUUUGUAAACUUGUCUAAGCUGCUUUUUAGAUUUGCAUAUGAAUGACAGUGAAUAGACUUUCCAGAUUUCUAACAACAGUUAUACAUUUUUCUUACACAUUGUACACUCUUGAAUUUCUGGUGUGACACGGUGCAAAAUUUUUACUUUAGCACAUUGUGUGCAUGGGUACAUGUGGGCACGUGCAUAAUGUGGGAUUUCGGAGGAAUUAAAAUAAAUAUUGCCCACAUUUUCUUACAGAUAUUUUACUUUUUAUUACUGCAAUGCCAUCAGAAAUAAAUAAUGUGCUAGGCACACAGUGUACAUUCAUACUCACAUCUGUGGUCAUGUUGCAUUGAAACUCUUGA